UGACAUGUCAUUUAUCAGAGCAAAUGGUGUUUUGAAUAAAAGGGGAGUAACUCGUUGUUUAUUUUCGAUUUCCUUCACAAAAUGGCGGAGAUAAACACAAAGCUUAGGAAGCGUAAAGUGUCAAUUAUCCAUGAAUCCAGCUCAUCUUGCGAUGAAGUAACCCCAUUAAAGAAGGUCAAUGAUGAUAUGGAUCAAACGAACACUCCAAGAAGUUCAGAGAGGCUUCAAAAGAAAAGAAGUCGUACUUUCAGAAAACCAUCAAGAGAAGAUGUUUGGAAGAAGAUAACCCCAACAAAGUCACCUGAGAAAUAUGAGCAGCUCCGUCCUAAACGUCUUGUUAAUAAUUUCACUAAAGAGAACAAUAGUUAUAACUAUGACCCUAAUGAAACAAGUGGAGAUGAGUCAAUGAACGAUUUCCUCGAUGAUAGUUUGACUGAACAAUCUAGCUCUGACAGUUCUAGAGAAACCCUCAAGCACAAGAAGCAAGUGAGAAUAAAAGGAAGACGGAGAAGAUUGCAAAUGAAAUCAGAAGUUAAUGAAUCAAGUUCAACAGAUAGUGAUGGCGAUGAUGUAACAGAUGUUAUGAAUACUGUGGGUGCAGACGUAACAGAUAAGAAUGAAGAUCCCCUUUCAGGUGAUUCUGCAAUAUGUGUACGGUCUACUGAAAGAGGAAUAAGAAAUAAUGUCACAGACUCUAGUGAAAAUGACGACACUGAUGAAGACCUUGAAAUUGUAGCAAGAGCAAAGACAAGAAAACUUAACAGAAGUGUUAUUGAAAGUGAUGAUAAUGAUAUUGAUAUUUGUGAGAACAAAGAAGACAGAGGCAGAGAAAAGAUUAAGCAAGGAUGUAAAAGAUUAAUUAAUGAAAGUGAUGAUGGAAAUGACAGUGAUGAAAACAUUGCUGUGACUAAAAAACACAAUAGAAGUAUUAUAGAAAGUGACGAGGAUGAGUGCAUUGAUGGAAAUGCUGAAUCAUUAGAACAUUGUAGAAACAAGUCAGAAGAAAGUCCUGGCAACAAUAAUGAACCGGUUGUUGAUAAAGAGAAUAAAGAUGAUGUCACAGAAUGUAAUGGACAUUCUAAUGUACCAAAGAAUGACAAAUCCAAAAAGGAAUUCACAAACUUUGAGAAAGUUACUGCCACUGAGAUACAGAAUGAUUCUGAAAAUGUACCAAGUUCUUGUGAUUCAGAAAGUGACAGUGAAGGUACAUCUGCUGAUACUAGUGAAGCUUCAGAUAACGAGAGUGAUGAAGAUCUCAGUAAUUCAAGUAGAGUUAGGGUGCAAAUGUUGAAAAAGAAAAAUGAUCGUAAGAAAUUGUUUGAUAAAUUCAGAGAGGAAAGGCAAAGACGAUUAUCCAAGGAACAUUAAUCCAAGAAAAGUGUACAUGAAUUUGUAUCUAUAAAUAUCUUACAUUACAUAUAAUGAAAUUUUUGAAAAGAUGCGGUGAUUCAGUGCCAAGUGAACAAUGGAUCUCCAUGCGCAGUAUUGUUGUUCUUGCACCACUUGUCUUUGCAAUGAGAACUGUAUCCGAGUUGGAAAAAUCUAUUUAACACUCAUUGAAGUUGACU